CACCAACCUUUCAAAAAAGAAUUUAUGGACAUGGCAGAAAUACUUUUACAAAGUUCAAUGGUCAUUGGGCCGGUAUUAGGAUAUUUUGAUCAAAUAUCCAAAUUUCGUAAAACUAAAUCGAGUGCAGGAUUUUCUUUAGAUACUAGUGGAAUAUUGUUAGUUAGUAGCAUCAUUCGAGUCUUCUUUUGGUUCGGAAAAAGAUUCGAUGAUGUAUUAUUAUAUCAAAGUAUCAUGAUGAUAAUCACACAAUUAAUAGUUUUAUAUGAGAGUGUAAAAUAUCGUUUGCCGUAUUCUUCUUUAUAUAAUCCAAAACAAAGACAAUUUUGGAAUUGGAGUCAUUUAGGUCCAUAUUUAACUUUUCUUGGAUUAUUAGUCGGUGGUUUAUCAAUUUCUUAUUUAGCGUUGGGUGAUCAAUAUUGGUUUAUUGAAUUAUUAGGUUUUGCGGCACUUGGUAUCGAAAGUACUGUUCCUAUGCCACAAACGUUACAAAAUUUUCAAAAAAGAUCUGUAGCAGGAUUCAGUCCGGCUAUUUUAUUAACAUGGUUUUUUGGAGAUGCAUUUAAAGCAUUUUAUUAUACUCAAACAGGAGCACCACUUCAAUUUAUUCUCUGUGGAGUUGUGCAAUUAAUGGUUGAUUCGCAACCAUCAGAGCCAAUUUGUGUGGGACAUAGAGGAUAUCCGGAUAAAUUUCCGGAGAACACACUAAAGUCACUACAAAAAGCAUUAAUUUACGGAGCAAAUGCGUUAGAAUCCGAUGUUCGAUUUACAAAAGACGGACAAGUUAUCAUGAUGCACGAUAAUAUUCUUGAUACGACCACAAAUGGUACGGGAUUCAUCGAUGAUAAAAAUUGGUAUGGUUAUAUUGAAUAUUUAAAUAGUGAUAAUGAAUCGAUACCAAGAUUUCAAGAUGUUUUGGAUUUAUUAAAACGGGACGAAAAUGUUGAUGUCUUCUUAAUUGUUGAUAUUAAGGAAGAUAACAGGAUUGAAAUCCUUGAUGCGAUUGCCGACAUAAUUCACUCCAAUGCUCCAUACAAUUUCUCAUCACAAUUAUAUCUCGGUAUAUGGACACCAGAAUUUCUCAUGAGAGCUCGUAAAGUUCUCCCAGAAAUUCCAAUUGCUCAUAUAGGCAGCGAUAUCGAUGAGGCACGUAAAACGUUCCUUGAAGUGGAAAGUUUUAAUAUAGAAUAUCCAUACAUCUUAUUAGAUGAAACCGGAUUCGCUAAACAAAUUAAAAGCUGGGGUAAAAAAUUAUUUGUUUGGACUUUAGAUGAUCCAAAUGAUAUCAAAAAAUGUUUUGAAAUUGGCAAUAUUGAUGCCAUUCUAAUCAAUGAUCCUAUUAAAUGUAUUAAUGCCAAGAGAGAUUUUGCCAGGAGAAGAAAAUUUUGGAAGUCCCCUUUUUAA